UUUCAACUAAGGGAUUCAAUAUUCAAAGAAAAUUUAAUCGAAGGGAGUUUAACAUCUACUAUAAUCACAUAAAAAAUAAUUUUAAUUAUGUAUAAAUGAUAUAUUUUUUCGUUGAGGAGGGUUCGGAUAAACCCCGAACCCCCUAACAAAAGGUUGGCUCUGCCCCUUAAUAUCCAACUAAGAUAUGUACUACAUAAUUAGCUCUUGAUAUAUUUUUUCUGAUUGUGAAUUUAUUGAAAUACAUAUUUAGCUUUCGGGUAAAUCUAAUGAAAAUAUAUAAUUUAGCCAAAAUUUUUAUAAUUACUUUGUUGGGAUGAAGAUUUGUGUAAAUAUGAUAAAUUAAUGCGUAUGUUUAUGUUUUUAUAAUUUUUUUUUUUAAAAAAGAAUCAUCUAAACAUGGCCUCCCACCGCUCCCCAAAUCCCACCAUUUCUCCUCCUCAUUAUCUCAAAUUCACAAAUACCCUUCAAAUUCAUCAAAAUUACAUCUUUACCCUCCAAGCUACGUGUCAUUGCUUCUGUUCUCGCCGGAAAAUCAAUGUCGUCAGCUCAACGGCCAGAUUCGUUCGGCCGGUUUGGGAAGUUCGGUGGAAAGUAUGUACCGGAAACUCUAAUGCAUGCUCUGGAGGAGCUUGAAAAUGCAUUCAAUUCGCUUGCCGCCGACGAAGACUUUCAGAAGGAACUAGAUGGGAUAUUGAGAGAUUAUGUUGGUAGAGAGAGUCCUCUUUAUUUUGCGAAGCGACUUACUGAGCAUUAUAAACGUCCAGAUGGAGGGCCACUGAUCUACCUGAAGAGAGAAGAUCUAAACCACACGGGUGCCCACAAAAUCAAUAAUGCUGUUGCCCAAGCUUUGCUUGCCAAGCGCUUGGGCAAAAAACGCAUUAUUGCCGAGACAGGAGCCGGUCAGCAUGGUGUUGCCACUGCAACUGUUUGUGCUCGCUUUGGUUUGGAGUGUGUUAUUUAUAUGGGUGCUCAAGAUAUGGAGAGGCAAGCAUUGAAUGUCUUCAGAAUGCGACUGCUUGGAGCUGAGGUUAGAGUAGUACACUCUGGAACUGCUACACUCAAGGAUGCUACUUCAGAAGCCAUAAGGGAUUGGGUUACAAAUGUUGAAACAACUCAUUACAUACUUGGAUCAGUUGCAGGACCACACCCUUACCCCAUGAUGGUUAGGGAGUUCCAUGCGGUAAUUGGUAAAGAAACAAGGAAGCAAGCUUUGGAAAAGUGGGGUGGGAAGCCAGACGUGCUUGUUGCAUGUGUUGGUGGAGGUUCAAAUGCUAUGGGACUGUUUCAUGAGUUUGUUGAUGACAAAGAUGUGAGGUUGAUAGGGGUGGAAGCAGCCGGUUUUGGUCUAGAUAGCGGUAAACAUGCUGCCACUUUGACAAAGGGAGAGGUAGGAGUACUGCAUGGAGCUAUGAGCUAUCUUCUGCAGGAUGAAGACGGACAGAUAGUUGAGCCUCAUUCAAUCAGUGCCGGAUUGGAUUACCCUGGAGUUGGGCCAGAACACAGCUUUUUGAAAGAUCUGGGGAGAGCAGAGUAUCAUAGCAUCACGGAUGAGGAGGCUUUGGAAGCCUUUAAAAGGUUAUCUCGGUUAGAAGGCAUCAUCCCCGCUCUGGAAACAUCUCACGCUCUGGCCUACUUGGAGAAGCUAUGUCCAUCUUUACCGAAUGGAAGUAAGGUUGUGCUCAACUGCAGUGGUAGAGGAGAUAAAGAUGUUCAAACUGCUAUUAAAUAUUUGAAGGUUUGAUAGAAACGUUGGUAAUACUUGGCCCAAAUGGUUCUUUGUACUUGAAGGUGUUUCAUGGCAAUACCAAUUCUCCCAAGUUGUAUGAAGAUUCGUCGAAAGUGAAGUUGCUAGAGCUGCUGGUUCACAAUGCGAUACUAUUCUUUUGAUUGUUUAGAGAUCCAUCCAUGUAUGCCAGUUUUGUCACUUGAUUUCUAUCAGUUGUGUUUCCACCAGAAAGUUUCAUGCCCUACCAUAAAGGUGUAUUGUACGCAACCCAACCUUGCAUUUUCAGUUUGUUCUUUGUUUUAUACACAAGAUCCAUUUGAUACAUUUUCAGUAUUAAGUUCAUUAGCCAAAUUUUACUUCAA